GCAAAUCGCUCCACGCAUGAGCUCAUCGCAGGUGCAAGGUCAACCAGUUGCUAUGGCAAUGGCCCAGCGCCUUGCCUAUAUCGGUGAUGAAUAUAGCUCAGCUUAGUUUGUGCGUCGUCAUCCUUAUGCAGAGUGCGCUAGUCUUGAAUUGCUGGAGUUCAUUUGGAACAACCGGGAUCCGUUGCCAACCCGUCAAGCUGUAGCUAUAUCUACGCACUGUUUUGCUGAGCCUUCUCUUCUGCAACAGCAACCGCAACCCAUUUGGACCUUUGCUGAGUGGGACGGGGAGCAACUUUCCCCUGCGUGGAAAUGCAUGUCUCCUAUCAGAUCCCCCCACCGACCACCCCCAAGGUCAGAGCAGUGCGUGCGAUGAUGCCAUAAGACUCGCCCGCGCGCUCUCCGAGAUCAGGGUCAAUUUGCAAGAGCCGCGACUCUCUUUCCUCCGUCCGGCGACGCCCGGAGCACCUCGGAGAGGGGCAAGAGACGCGGGUCCCAGCCUCCGAUCCGAUCCCUUCGCGCUCCUCCAAGGUCCGCACUCUCCUCCAGCUUGCGCGAGUGCGCAGGGAGGGCGCGCAAGGCUACCUUUGCCUGGGAUCGUCUCCGCCAGCUUGGAGGCUGCAGCAGCCAAGAAGACGCGUCUGCACUUUGGCCCCACAGAGUGAAAAAAUGAUAUCCAAGUCUCAAAUGAGAUUGCCCCCACCUUCCAGGACAAGGCAAGAUGUUGCACAACAGCCAAACCAGGGGCCGGUGGUGACCUUUGAAGAUGUGGCUGUGUAUUUCACGGAGAGCCAAGGGGCUCUGCUGGAUCCUGACCAAAGGGCCUUGUACAGGGAUGUCAUGUUGGAGAACUAUGGGAAUGUGGCCUCGUUGGAAUUUCCAAUCACCAAACCUGAGCUCAUCUCCCACCUGGAACGAGGGGAAGAACCAUGGGUGCCAAAUUGUCAGGGUUUGGAUGAAGUUGAGAACUCCAACGCCAGCUCAGCAGAUGAGCGCGGGGGAAAUCACCCACGUGCCGCUCGGGAGGGAUAUCUUGUUCAGAAGUCCAGCGUUGCCAGAUGCCAGGAUCUCCGUACAGGAAAGAAAGCCCAUGAAUGUUUGGAGUGUGGGAAGUGCUUUGCUGAGAAAUCAAAGUUCAUCAUCCACCAGAGAGUCCACACGGGAGAGAAGCCCUACCAGUGCUCCGAGUGCGGGAAGCGCUGCGCCACCAAAUCAAACCUCACCAGCCACCGGAAAAUCCACACGGGAGAGAAGCCCUACGGCUGCACGGAGUGCGGGAAGCGUUUUUCUCACAAAUCCUAUUUCGUGAUUCACCAGACAGCCCACACGGGCAGGUACCCGUAUCAGUGCGCCGUGUGCGGGAGGUGCUUUGUCCAGAAAUCAAAACUCGCCGACCACCAGCGGGUCCACACGGGAGAGAAACCCUAUCAAUGCUUCGAUUGCGGGAAGUGUUUCGCUUGGAAAUCUCAGGUCGGGGAGCACCGGAGGAGUCACACCGGAGAGAAGCCCUUCGUGUGCGCCGAAUGCGGGAAGCGCUUUUCUCACAAGUCAGUGCUCGUCACCCACCAGAAAGUCCACACGAGAGAGUACCCCUAUAAGUGCCUGGAGUGCGGGAAAUGCUUUGCUUAUUCCACAGCCUUUGUGACGCAUGGGAGAAUCCACACAGGGGAGAAGCCUCACAAAUGCGCGGAGUGCGGGAAAUGUUUUAUGUGGAAGUCGCAGCUCGGGAACCACCAGCGAGUUCACACUGGAGAGAAACCUUUUCAGUGUUUAGAUUGCGGGAAGCUUUUCGCUCGCAAGUCGGAACUGGCGAACCACCAGAGGGUGCACACGAAAGAAAAACCCUUCCGGUGUUCCGAGUGCGAGAAAUGCUUCGCUUAUUCCUCAGCACUUGCCACGCACCGCAGAACCCACACGGGAGAAAAACCCUUCGAGUGCGCAGAGUGCAGGAAGAGUUUUGCCCGGAGAGCAAUCUUUGCGAGGCACCAGAGAUCCCACACGAGGGAGAAGCCCUUUACGUGUUCGGACUGCGGGAAAAGUUUUGCCGAUUCUUCCACGUUUGCUACUCACCGCAGAGUCCACACAGGAGAGAAACCUUACAAGUGUGCGGAUUGCGGGAAGUCUUUCGCCCACAAUUCCACAUUCGCUACGCACAGGAGAAUCCACACAAAGGAGAAGCCCUACGUAUGUCUGGAGUGCGGGAAGUGCUUUGCCGACUCCUCGACGUUUGCGAAACACCGGCGAGUUCACACGGGAGAGACGACCUACAAACGCUUGGCCUAUCGGUGCUCGGAGUGCGGGAAAGGCUUCGCUUCCAAACCGCAGUUCGAGAGACACCAGCGAGUCCACACGGGAGAAAAGCCCUUCAAGUGUCCGGAGUGUGGGAAGUGUUUUGCUGAUCCCUCCACUCUGGCAAAACACCAGAGAGUUCACCCGGGCGAGAGGACCCACAAAUGUUUGAAAUGCCAUAAAUGCUUUGUUCAAAGUUCAGACCUUAUGAGGCACCAGAGGACCUGUGCGGCCGACAAACCUUAUACGUGUUUGAUGUGCGGCGAAUGUUUCCCUUCAACGUCAGCCCUCAUCUGCCACGAGAGAGCCCACGUGGAUGAGAAUUAUUACGACUCUUCCAAGCCUUUCCCCAUACAAAUUGCCUGUGUUACUGGAGGAGGUGCAGCCAUGGACACAGAGGCAACUUACCUGGCUGUCAUGGGAAAGCAACAACCCAAGUCUCACAAGCGCAGGGUCAAGGGAGGCGCUGGGGACUAUAUGGAGGGGGGAGAACAAGGACUACGAUUCCCAGCAGCCACUGGGCUCUUAGCCCCGCCUCCAUUUCCCUCCACGGUACGGAGUCUUGAAUAUCCCGACAGUGGAUUGGCCGCGAUGGGUGCGAAGGAGCCGAGGGAUUGGCUGAGCUGGAAAAGGGGCGUGGGGAAGCGCGUGAGCGCAGCAUCCCCAGGACAGAAAGGGGGGGGGGUCAGUGAGUUGAGUUGCAAGAGCCGGAAACUGUCCGGAGGAGAAACCCACCUUUUGCAAAUGCAGAGCCUGGUGACGUUUGAGGAUGUGGCCGUGUAUUUCACGAAGGACCAGUGGAAUCUGCUGGACCCCAACCAACGAGCUUUGUACAAGGAAGUCAUGAUAGAGAAUUACGGGAAUGUGGCCUCCUUGGGAUACCCGGCCCCUAAGCCUGGUCUCAUCUGCCGCCUGGAACAAGGAGAAGAGCCCUGUGUGCCCGAUUCUCCGGAUGGAAAGAAGGUCUUUGACACCUGCUCAGAUAACCCUCGGAAAAAGCACUUGUGCACCGUGUGCGGCAAACGCUUCACUCAGAAACCGAACCUCACGCGGCACCUGAGAAUCCACACGGGGGAGAAGCCCUACAAGUGCUUGGAAUGCGGCAAAUGUUUCGGCUGCCACUCACACCUGAUGAGCCACCAGAUUGUCCACACCGGGGAGAAACCCUACAAGUGCUUGGUCUGCGACAAAUACUUCGGCCGCAAGGCGCACCUGGCCAGGCACCAGGGGAUCUAUGCGGGGGAGACCCCUUACAAGUGCCUGGAGUGCGGGAAGCAUUUUGCCUGCCAGUCCCAGCUCGUCAUCCACCGGCGCUACCACACGGGAGAGAAACCCUACAAAUGCCUAGAGUGCUCCAAGUGCUUCGCCGACCCGUCGGCCCUGGUGAGCCACAAGCGGAUCCACGCCGUGGAGAGAUCCCACAAGUGCCUGGAGUGCGGGAAGAGCUUCGUCCAGCAGUCCCACCUCCUGAAGCACCGGCGAGUCCACACGGGAGAGAAACCUUACAAGUGCCCCGAGUGCGGGAAAUGCUUCGCCGACCGCUCCGUCUUCGCGAAACACCAGAGGGUCCACACAGGGGAGCGGCCCUACAAGUGCGCCGAGUGCGGGAAAACCUUCGCCCGCCAGGAACACCUCGGGAGCCACCGGAGGGUGCACACGGGCGAGAAACCCUACAAGUGCUUGGUGUGCGGCAAGUCGUUCGCCCGCCAGUCGCACGUGGUGAGCCAUCAACGCGUCCACACGGGGGAAAAGCCUUGCAAGUGCGCCGAGUGCGGGAAGUGUUUUUCGGAGCGCUCGACGUUCGUCAGGCACCAGAGGACCCACACGGGGGAGAAACCCUACCGGUGCCUAGACUGCGGGAAAUGCUUCGGCUCCCCGUCCCACCUGACACGGCACCACCGGCGGCACACGGGCGAGAAGCCCCACGGGUGCCCGGACUGUGGGAAAGCCUUCGCUGACCGCUCAGCCUUUGUCAAACACCAGCGCGUCCACACGGGCGAGAAGCCCUACAAGUGCGCAGAGUGCGGGCGGUGCUUUGCCAACCGCACCCACCUCGUGACCCACCAGCGCGUCCACACGGGCGAGAAGCCCUACGCCUGCUUGGAGUGUGGGAAAAGGUUUAGCGCCAAUCGGAGUCUCAUUCACCAUCAGAGGCAACAUAUAGGCUAUCCUCUGGCCCAGUGCGUGGAGAACAUUUUGUUGACGAACCAAGCCUUGGGGUGUGAUGCUGGGGAAUCGGUGCAGGAAAACAAACUGUAUGAAUGGCUCGCAUCUGGGAAGUGGCUCAGCCUGCAAGGGUCUCUGGGUCAGAGUGAAGGUGUUCACACAGAAGAAGAUGUCUUGACCCAGGAUGGCAAAGCGUAUGUCGGAAGAAAGCACUGACCUAUGGCAGUCAGUUCUCUUUGAUGACAGACUGAGGUGACAUCACAGUCCAAAAGUGGUCAGAGAAAAUGACACUAAAGCUGAAACAAGCUUUUUCCAACACAUUUUGAAAAUUGACCACAAAAUAUGGGUGCUUUAGACUUUCAUUAGACAGUCUCUCUGAUUGUUUCAUUUUUUUAUAAGGUGUCAAAUAUAAAAUGCCAUCAGCUAGCAACUUUAAAAUAGUCAUAAACUAAAUACCAUUGCAUGUCAGCUAUAAAAUACUGGUAGGUAGGUAAAUACUAUUGCAUGACUAUUAUCAAACACUACAUACCAUUCCAUUCCAUCUUAUCAGAUUAUGGUAAACACUAUUGCAUGUCGGUGAUUAAAUACAAAUGUUUUGAAUGCCAAUUACUUAAAUGUGCUUAAACACUAAAUGCCAUUGCAUGCCAUCUGUCAAAUUUAGUGAAAUCAUAAAAAAACUUUGCAUGUUAGUUAGCAAAUAUAGUCAAAUACGAAUGCUAUUGCAUGCCGGCUUUCAAAUACUAAUACUUCUGCAUGUCGUCUUUGAAAUGCUUUCAAGUAACAACUUUUAGAUACUACCGGGCAUCAAAUAUUGACAUUACAUAUUUAUUACUUGGCAUCAAAUGUCAGAGAGCUUAAUUUGCAAGGCAGAUGUGUCUUAGCUCUGAAUGGUACACUUGCAAUCUCCCCCAAAGGUUUGGGUACGGUAUACAGUGCAAUGUGCAAUUCUGGUCACAUCUCAAAAAGGAUGGAGAGACUGAAGAGAAGAAAUACAGUGGUACCUCGGGUUAAGUACUUAAUUCGUUCCGGAGGUCCGUACUUAACCUGAAACUGUUCUUAACCUGAAGCACCACUUUAGCUAAUGGGGCCUCCUGCUGCUGCUGCACUGCCAGAGCACGAUUUCUGUUCUCAUCCUGAAGCAAAGUUCUUAACCUGAAGCACUAUUUCUGGGUUAGCGGAGUCUGUAACCUGAAGCGUAUGUAACCUGAAGCGUCUGUAACCCGAGGUACCACUGUAAUCGGAAGGUGAUAGCAGCUGCCCUACAAGGGAAGCCCAUAGCUGCUGCAGUUUUUUUGUUGUUUUUUUAGUUUGGGGAAAAAUUGAUUAAGGGGAGUCAUGGAUUGAGAGUUAUAAAAUUAUGCAUGGUACAGAAAAAGUGGGGGAAGUCUUCCACCCCAUAAUUCUAGAACAGAUGUCGCCCAAUGAAGCAGAAUGGUGGAAUAUUCAGGCCAAACAAGGCCAGAUUCGUGGAGGGAAAAGCUAUCAGUGGCUGCUAGUCAUGAUGGCUGUAUAUUAACUUUGAGGACAGAGGCCUCUAAAUACCAGUUGGCUAGGAACCACAAGUGAGAUAAUAAUAAUAAAUUUUCAUUUAUACCCCGCCCUCCCCAGCCAGAGCCGGGCUUAGGGCGGCUAUUACCAGUAAAAUUACAAUAAAAACAUAAUGGGGGGACGACCCAAUU